AUGAAGGAGCACGUGCAUACUGUCACAGACACACCAAAAUGCUCAGCUUCUGUUCAUGAAGCAAAGAAAGAAGCCACCCAGACCAGUAGCCUCACCACUAAUUCCUUAAUCCAGGCUAUCCAAGAAUGGGCUGAGAAUCUCCUCCAAAAGCACACUGGAGGCAAAGACUGGGAGAGGCUGAAAUGGGACCUGGACUUCUUGAUCAGUGCAUGCUUGGAUGACAAAUGGGAUGAACAGAGGAUGCAGAACACACUCAGAGAUCUGGAAGACACUCUUCCAACACCUGAGCCCCCCAGUCAGUCCCAGUCCGAGUCAGAGAGCAGUGAGUCCAAAGAAAAUGAAGCCACUGCAAACCAGGAGUUCCUCCAGCUGCUCAAGCGCCUUGGACUGGAAGGUGACUAUCCAAGGAAAAUGGGGAUGGGAGAUUUCCACACCAUCUGCAAGACAUCUCUGCAGGACGGCCAGCCCAGAGAGGACAAGGAACUGCCAUUUUACUUCUUGCAAAAGCUGUUAACCGUGGAUUACCGGGUGAGGUACCUGACUUGCUGGGAUGACAGCAACCCAGGCCUUGCACCUGUGCCACAAAGAAGAGAGCCAGAACUCCAACAAUCAGACUCCUUUGAAAACUUUCUUGAUGAUUCUGAGGAAGCCUCCCUUGAACCUGAAAGCAUGGACAGCCAUGUGCACCCCAUGGACCUGCAGAUGGCCAUUUUCCAUUGUGCUGAUGACUUCCUGAGACAGUCCCUGGCAACCAAGCUGGCAUUCUGCCAACUGGCGCUGCCUCUGCUGGUGCCCAACCCGGACUCUUCACGCAUUGAGUUCCCGCUCUACUCCCUCAGCCAAAUCCAAAGGAGCUGGAAAGAGGUGGACAAGUCAGGAAAGCCAGCCCAAACAAAGAGUUACAGCAACAAACUCAUCUUUCAGGCACAGACACCCAUUGUGUCCUUCAUCCGCAUUGGCAGCUCAGCCUCCUUUUCCAAGUCCCAGCUCCUCAAUGCUCUGCUCAGCAAACGCAAAUACGACACUUUCUUCCACCGCCACUGCAGAGGCAGCACCAGAGAGCGUUUGCUGAUGGAAGGGCUGGUGGAGAUCGCCUGGUACUGCCCUGGUGGAAGCCCUGAUGACACCUUUGAGCGCUGCGUGGCUUUCUGUAACCUGCAUGGAGAUGCCAGGGAUCACGGAGCACAGCUGCAGUUCCUGCAGGAGAUAUCUGCUGUCAAUGUGGCUCUUGUGUCUGACUGGGAGCACAUGGACAACAGGGGGAAAAAGCUUCUGCAGGAGCUGUGGCAGUCACAAAGGCCUUUGGUUUGUCUUCUCACAGAAAAAGAAAAGGUUCCAGCUGGACAAGCCAGCAAAAAAAUAAAAAUAGGGAUCAAGAACAGAAAUGAAGCAGAACUGGUGGACCAGCUGACCAAGACAAUUGGGAAUCUCCUGGAGGGUUCUAAUACACGUUGCAGUCUGGAGGCCUGCGUGGACAAAGCUCGCCAGCACGGAUUCAUAGUGGAUGCACAUCGAGCUGCGUGUGUGACAGCCAAAGCAAAGGCAAAGGAACUGGUGGAGCUUCUGAAGAAAGAGAAGCCAUCUGAGAUCAAAUCCCGGCUGCUGCCGCUGCAAGGAAAACUGUGGCACCAGUGGUGCCAAAAGGACAAAGAACUCACUCGCUUGCAGGAGAAGGGGAAUAAGAGCAUUGAGCAUCAUCGCAGCCAAAUUGAAUAUGAGAAGAAAGCAAUAAGAAGAAUGCAACUUGAGCGAGCUUUCCCUCUUAACCCACUGAUGAAAUCAUUCCUUCGCUUUCUCCAGGCCCAGCCAGCAGAUACCAAGAAAUACUUCCUGCACUGGAUGAAGGUCUUUAUGGACGAGCUGUCUUGUGGUCGCCUUGAAGAACUGAGGGGAGACUAUCACAAGUUAUGGUCUCAAAUCCAGACAGGAAAGAAAAGCAAGGAAAAACCCAGUGGCAAUGAUGAGUUGCUGAGUCGCUUGGAUGCUGUCUCUGAUGAAAUCAACGAUUCAUCCAUCGGCCUGGAGCACCUUCUGAGGGAGGUCGGGCAGAUUUAUGAAGCUCUGCCAUUUAUGAACUCCACAAAUGACAAUUUUGUCAAACUGCCAGAAAUUGCAGCAGAUCUGAUGGUUUCAGGGUAUCCCAUGGAGCUGAUGGAUGGGGACGCUUCUUACCUGCCCUUGCGCUGGGUGGGAGCAAUCUUUGACAGCUUAAUUGGGAGGCUGGGGGACAAACGAGUGUUUGUGCUCUCCGUGCUCGGCAUCCAGAGUACAGGCAAGUCCACCCUGCUGAAUGCCAUGUUUGGUCUGCAGUUCAACGUAGGGAGAUGCACCCGCGGAGCCUUCAUGCAGCUCAUCCCAGUGGGCGAGGAGCUGCAGCAAGACUUGGGCUUUGAUUUUGUGCUGGUGGUUGACACAGAGGGACUCCGUGCCAUCGAGAUGGCCAAUAAACAGUCCCUGAACCAUGACAACGAGCUGGCCACCUUUGUCAUUGGUGUUGGCAACUUGACUGUGAUCAAUAUCUUUGGAGAAAAUCCAUCAGAAAUGCAGGAUGUUCUCCAGAUCGCUGUGCAGGCUUUCCUGAGGAUGAAGAAAGUCAAUCUUUCCCCAAGCUGCCUCUUUGUCCACCAAAAUGUGGGAGAAGCAACUGCCAAGGAGCAGAACAUGGAAGGACGAAGGCGCUUGCAGGAAAAGCUGGAUGAAAUGACUGUGGUCGCUGCUCGGCAGGAAUUCUGUGACGUCUCCUCCUUCAGCGAUGUCAUUGGCUUUGAUGUGAACACCCACAUUCACUACUUUGCUCACCUGUGGGAAGGAAACCCCCCAAUGGCACCACCCAACCCCACCUACAGUCAGCACAUCCAGCAACUCAAGAGAAAAAUGCUCCAGGCUGCCAAGAAGCAGUCGCAGCGCAGCAUUUUGAGGCUCUCAAGCCUGAAAGAUCGUAUUGGUGACCUCUGGAAUGCUUUGCUGAAUGAAAACUUUGUGUUCAGCUUCAAGAAUUCCCUGGAGAUUGCUGUGUACAGGAAACUGGAAACUGCCUUUAGUCACUGGACCUGGAGGCUGAGGAGUCACAUCUUAGAUGUACAGAUGAGACUGGACAACAAAAUUCGCAAUGGGGACUUGCAGAAUGUCACCAUAAAAUACCUUGAAGGGCUGGUGCAAGAGACAAGUGAUGCCAUUGAGGAAGAAGUGGAAAAGUAUUUCAAGGAAGACAAAGACCGUGAGACACUGGUCCAGUGGAAAUCAAGCACAGAGCUGAAACUGAAAGAACUAAAAGAGACUCUUCUUCGUGAAACAAAAAAGAAAUGUGAGAAUCUUACUGAGCUACAGAAGGAGCAGAGGAAACUGGAUGCAAGGAAGUUGGAAUAUGAAGAUGAGCUCCUGAGAAGGAGUCGAGAUCUGGCUGUGAGUCUGAAAGGGAAGAGCCUCAGUGAGAGAGAAUUGAAGGACAACUUUACCUCUGUCUGGAACAAGUGGAUUGCGGAAGUCUCCCGUGUUGCUCCUCCUCCAGAACAGGUGGAUAUUGAUGCAGAAAUUGAAGAUGUCCUUCUUGAGCACUUUAAGGAGCCAGGUAUCCAUUCACGGAUCCUGUCAUUUCCCAAAGGCAGAGGAUUUUCUUUUGAUCCAGAGAAACACAUCAUGAAAAAAAAGUAUUUCAACCUUAUCCAAGAUUUCAGGAGCCUUUCCAAUGCUGAUGUGAUGAAAUUUCAGCACAUCACAGACGACAUCAUAGCCUGUGUGAGGGCAAACAUUACUAAGAAGGAAGAGGAGAAACGGAAUUACAGUCGAAAUUUUAUUCAUGAAAUACUCAAUGAAGUACAGAAAGGUGUCAACUCUCUCCCCAGCAAUCCAAAAGAUAUUCUUAACAAAGAUUACAACAUAGAUUUGUCUCUCUAUCUGUGCAGAAUGGCAGCAGAAAGGUUUAAAGCCAUGCACAAAGCAUUCCAAAAGGCAAAUGAUCCAGUUGUGUACUUGAGCAGCAAGAGAGAAGAUUUCUUCCAAUGUUUCCAGAUUUCCUGCCAAGGAGCCACUUCUGUCACAACUUUUGCUGCUUUCCUUUGUGACAAGAUUCAACCAGCUCUUCGCCAGGCAGUCUAUGAGAGGACAGCUAAAGACAUUGCUGAGGACAUGCGGGACAAACUCACAGAUUUCAGGGGCAACAGAGCCAAUCUGGAAGUUUGCAUCCUGAGAUACCUGGCAGAACAGGAAAAUUUUGAGUAUUUCAAGCAGUACCUUAUGUCUCCAAAACAGUUUUGUGAGAGUUACAUUGAGACACGAGUUAGGAAUUACUGUUUAGAUGGGAGUAGGAGGCUGAGGGUGUUUUUAGAUGACUCCCUCAAUCUUCUCCAUCGAAACAUCCUUUCAGCUGUUUCUUCAUCAAACCGAGCUGUCAAAGACAGAGAAGACAGGGAAGACAGAGUCUCUCUCUGGCUGGAUAAAUUUUGUAGGGAACUGUCCGAGGUGAUCAACUUGCCCAGAAGUGACCUGAAGGGCAUCGAGCACCAGGAGGUCACAGACAUUGAGUUCCUGAGCAGUGCCAUGGCAGAAGCUCUGAAUGACCUGAAGGAAAGGCUCAUGAAAGAAUUUGCUGGUGCAGACCUGAGCUCAUUUUCAAGGCAGCCUCACACCAUCCUGGCCGAGCAUUUUUCGGGGUGCUGGGAGCAGUGUCCCUUUUGUGGGGCUGUCUGCACAAACACCAUGUGGAAUCAUGAUGGAGACCAUCACGUGGUCUUCCAUCGCCCACAAGCUUUGAAGGGAUGGGGGUGGAUUGGGACAGGCCAGCUGAUCAUUGAUAUUUGUUCCAGCCUUGUUGCAAGUGAUAUGUUAUUCAGACUUCAUGGCAAUGAAAGGUUCCCUUACAAAACAUACCGUGAUGCUGGACCUCCUUAUUCCAAUUGGAACAUUCUUCCUGACUCAUCCAUGCAGGCAUACUGGAAAUGGUUUGUGUCUCAUUUCAGGACACAGCUUGAAGGUUUGUACAAUCAGAAAUUUCAGGGUAGAGGAGAAAUCCCUGAGGCGUGGCAGAGAAUUACCAAGGAAGAAGCUCUGUCUGAGCUGGACAAGCAUUACGCCACAUCCAUGGGAAGAAGAUCUAGAGCAGCUUUGCAGUUUAGAAGAACUUUGUGCCAGACUGUCCACAAAAUGCAGUUACAAUGA